GCUAUAUUUGCAAGGCUUUUCCCACAUAAACUCUGGAUAUAAACCAUAUAUCUGAGGAGAGAUCCCCCAAAAGGAAACUCAAAUCCCAAGCUCUGAUGAACAUGGGUUUUAGGAGCUACCAUGUAGCAGAGGACAAAACCUUGUGUUUUCAAGCUCCUACCUUCAUUGAAUGGCUCAAGCCAUCUUCAUCUUCAUCUCCAUCAUCAUCACCAUCAUCAUCAUCAUCAUCAUCUACUAUUUCUUCUUCUUAUGUGGCUCAGCAUGUUCAGCUCAUAAACCCCAUGAAUAUCAUGAAGCGGCCUCUCAUCUCAUUUCAACAACAACAGCAGCAGCAACAAUAUCAUGAUUUUCAUAAGCAUCAGGUUGGGGAGGAAACUAUUCAAUGCCUGCCCCUUUUGAGCAGGUUUACAGAGAACAAACCAUUGAAAGAGGAAGCUUUGCAAAAGGUGAUGAGUGUUGGAGAUGUAAAAGAAGAAAAGAUAGAGAAAGUUACAGUUUCUUUACACAUUGGGUUGCCUAAUAGUAGCGCUGCCGCUGCAGCUGAAGGGGAUGAUAAUAUUCCAGUUGUUGAUCAUAAGAUUUUGAAAGAAGAAGAACCCAUGAAGAAGACCUUCCAUGGAUGCUCUUUCAACACUAUGAGUAGGUUUUGGAUCCCAACUCCAGCUCAGAUCCUCGUUGGCCCCAUGCAGUUUGCUUGCUCCAUUUGUAGCAAGACUUUCAAUAGGUACAAUAACAUGCAGAUGCAUAUGUGGGGGCAUGGAUCUGAAUAUAGGAAAGGGCCAGAUUCGCUUAAAGGAUCACAACCAGCAGCAAUGCUGAGGCUGCCAUGCUAUUGCUGUGCCCAGGGCUGCAAAAACAACAUCAACCAUCCCCGAGCCAAGCCAUUGAAAGACUUUCGAACACUUCAAACUCACUACAAAAGGAAACAUGGUGCCAAGCCCUUCAUGUGUAGGAAAUGUGGCAAGACUUUUGCUGUCAAAGGGGAUUGGAGAACCCACGAAAAGAACUGUGGCAAGCUAUGGUACUGUACUUGUGGCUCCGAUUUUAAACAUAAAAGGUCCUUGAAAGAUCACAUCCGAUCAUUUGGCAAAGGUCAUUCCCCUCAUCCUUCUCUUGAAGGAUUUGAAGAUGACAAGGAAUGUAUCACUGGUUCCGAAGACGAAUUCGCUCACUAGACAACGACGGACUCUCUCGUAUCCGACAAGUACUCUUUCUUUUCUUUAGUUUCCUUUGUUUUUGAGAUCAUUUAGAGAGAUGUAGUAGCUUUAAAAGUUUCUUAGGCUUACCCCAAUUGAGCUUUUGCUCUAUAACAAAAAAUUUCUCAAACAAAACAUGGGGAGAGUUUUGCUAUGGAGCCCUUGCUGAUCAGGGGUUGAGCCUCAGUAACUUUUUUAGACACUUUGUGGUUAGCCAUAAUUGGGAAAUAAAUUAGAAAAACAAAAACAAAUGGGUUACCUCAUGUGGUGAAGUAGAUGAAUUUUCUUCUCUUCAAUGAUGAAGGUCUGGGAAAAGAAAUUUGGAUUUUUUUCUUUCUAAGGGAGUAAAUUUAUCUGCUUCAUUGCUAACUGGUGAUCUUUAUUAGGACUGGAUAUUGUAUUGUUUUCUAGACAAUUUAUUUAUCUUUUUAUA